AUGGCAUCUUUAAUAAGUAACAAUACAAGGUUUAAGGUAUUGAAUGCUUAUAAACAAUUAUUACGAGUUCAACGAGAAAUUUUUAAUGAAGAUUUAUUUGCUAUGACAGAGGCAAGGAAUACGACAUAUAAAGAAUUUUCAAAAAAUAAGAAUGAGAAUGAUGAAUCGAAAAUUAAUGAUGUCCCUAUAGAUGUAACAAAGUUUUUAAAAUCAAAUGUGGCACAAGCAGUCUUGGAUCCAGAUAAAAGUAGAUUUAGUGAUAAUGAAUCAAUCAAGAAUUCCGUAUCUACAAAAGAAUUAAAAGAAAGAAUGUCAGGCGUUUGUUGUGGUUGUGAAUAA